CUAAAAGAUAAGCAGGAGCUCAGCUUACCAAGUCAGCUAGGUGGCACGACACCAUGUGAGAACUGCAGGUUGGUUUCUAUACCUGAAGAUGGCAACAAUGGCAGUUUGGGCAGCAGUGGUAAUGACAUACGGAGCCUGUAUAGGAGUUGCAAAGAUGUCUGCAGCACCUGGGUUAAAAGUUCCACUGGAUUUGGCUCUAAAUGCUAUUGAUGACAUGUACACUGGCUGCAAAGACAAGAUGGAGUACAAAGUGAAGAAGGAGUACCUGCCUAAUGAGAAAAACAAAGACAACAAUUUCACCCUGGCCUGGGGUGAAGCAGAAAAAUACUACAACAAAAAAUGGAAAUGUAAAAAGGGAAAGAAACCUUCUACCUCCCUGGGGAAAGAACAGAUCAUGGCUAUUUAUGUUUAUACCCUCGACAAACCAAAAGUCUAUCUUGAUUUCAAUAAGGAAGUUCGAACCCAGAAACUUAAGUACAAGACCACAUUCAGGUAUCACACACUUCACUUUUUCCUGACUGAUGCCCUUCAAACUCUCAACGCUCGCAAACCUGAAGCAGAAAGGUGUCUCAAUGGCUUCCGCAGAGUCAACAGCUACUUUAGCCAAGAUGUUCUCAACAAGUUGAUUCGCUUUGGUUCUUUUACCUCCAGCUCAAUGGGCUGGUACCCUAGCGCUGAAAGAUUUGGAGACAAGUCAUGCUUUGAGAUUGUCACAUGCUCUGGGGCAGACGUCUCGCUGUACUCUAAGCUUGGGGAGUCGGAGAGAGAAGCCCUGAUUCCUCCUUAUGAGGUCUUUAAAGUCACAAAAAUAGAGAGGAGAUCUGACCAGAAGAGUCUUCCAUGUGAGGUGGUUUACAAAGUGAAAAGCACAGGAAUAACUCUGUCCAAUAUGAACUGUGCUCUUCUGAAUAAGUAGUCUUACACAUUUGACAUACUAUUUCAUGUUAGCAUAAUACUAUAAGUUGCACCAAAAAUAUUGGUUUUGCAGUAUUUUCAAUAAGGAUUUGUAGAUUUAAAUAAAGGCAUGAUAUCAUUUUGACUACUAGCGACAGUGUCAGUAUUAAACAUCUGUAAAUGCAGUCAUGUUCUUAUCCAUGUUAUCUGCAACUAGAUAAAUUGAACGCAACAAAGAAAAAUCAAUUGUCCAACAAUCCUGUCAAACUCUGUGCAAAAUGAAAUAAAAUCUCUUUGUGUUUCA